AUGUCUGUUCCGCAGAAAGUCAAGAAGAUCCUUAUGGAUACAUAUGGUGAGGUCUUUCUUUCCAACAACGAGCUCAGUAAACUUACCAAGGCGAAGCGUCUUGCAUAUCUACGGCUUGUCUUUGACUAUGUCACUCUAUAUCUCAACGUCCAUUAUCCGUUGCGUCUCGUAAGGCUAACAGUGCAUUUGCGACCCGUGGACGUGGGUAACUAUCUUCAAGGAACAAAGCUACAUUUGAACAACUUCAAGAAUGUCCGCCUGAUUGGUGCGCAAGUUAUUGAUUCAGACGGAUCCACGGUCAAUCUCAUUGCACAAUUUCUUCACUUCUUAAUCAAUUCUCUCGGGCAAACACCAACAAAGCUGCUCUGGCGAUUUUACAACAAUAGUCCAGGCGAAUACGACACCAAUAAUGGAUUCAGUUCAACUCUCUCAAAGCUCUUCGUAAAAUACAAUGGAAAGCCGAUGAGCAUGAACAUGAUCCGCCACAUUGUUGAAUCACAUCUGAUCCAGUCACCAACAUAUGCGAAGCUUAAUAAUCGAGAGAAACACGACCUUCACGCUAAGCUACUCCAUAGCCAGUUUGCUGCCAAUACGAGCUACAACAAGAUUGCAAACAGAUCCACAGCAUCAGAGGUUAACGAGGAAGCUCCUGACUUCUCUUAUGAGCCAGCACCUCAACCACCAUCACCUGCUAAGCCGCAAACACGUUCUAAAACACACUAUGCCGUCUCUCAUGCGUUCGUUGAUUUAUGGCACCUGAUUGAAGAUGAGAAGAGCUUCGACAAGCAUGUGUUCAGCCUUCUCGAUGAGCCUGAGCAAGACUUCAUGAGAUACUGCUUUAUCAAAUGUCAUAUCAAGUCACGAGAAUUUGAUUCGGUGUACAAUGAGGAACUGGAUGGUGUUGUAAAGCGCCUGAAGAUGCUACAAGGAGCUACGGCUAUUGGUGAUGAUAAUCCAGACAUAAAAAAGGAAAUGAAGCAGCUUCUUGACAAGCUGUAUGAGAAGGGAGUUUUCUCAACAAACUAUUACACUCAAUUCAAGCGUCUGAUGAAGCUCUCAUAG